AUGGCAGCCGCUUCAGGGACAUUAACCGUAGCGCCGCCACGUCUUCUGGAUUCCAUGUUUCCCGGCAUGGAGUUCCCUAGGCCGUUCGCGAACGGGGACGUCGCGAACAGUUUCGCGACCGGCGAGAGCGCCAGGCUCUCGCAAUCGGAUGGUGCGAACAGCUUCUACGAAACGGGAAAAACAGCCAACCGAAAUCAGCGCGGUAGCGGCAGCGCUGCUGCUGGUUCCGCUGCGGCGACGUCUCCAUCCGGUGCCGUGGACGCCGCUGACGUGGACGGGUUACAUGCGCAACGGGACGCGGUUUUGCGGGGAUUCGAGAUCACGGAGCCAGCGAGAGACGACAAGGAGACGGGCGAGAAGGCCAAGUACAUGGCGUCGAUUCUGGAGGCUUACCAGCAGCUGCUGGAAGAACGGACCCAGUACCACUUUGGCUAUCCCUACAACCUGGAUUUCGACUAUGGCGCCCUGGCGGGUCUGCAGCACUUCUCCAUAAACAAUCUCGGGGAUCCCUUUAUCGAGAGCAACUAUGGCGUGCACUCCCGCCCAUUCGAGGUGGGCGUUCUCAAUUGGUUUGCUCGCCUGUGGGACUUAGACGAGGGCGACUAUUGGGGCUACAUCACCAACUGUGGCACAGAAGGAAAUCUGCACGGCAUCCUGGUUGGGAGGGAAGUCCUGCCAGACGGGGUGCUGUACGCGUCUAGGGAGUCCCAUUAUUCUGUGUUCAAGGCAGCUCGCAUGUAUCGUAUGGAGUGUGAGAAGGUGGCGACCCACACGGCUGGGGACAUUGACUGCCGGGAUCUGGCUGGCAAGCUCGCCAAGCACCGAGGGCGACCUGCAAUCCUCAAUGUGAACAUUGGCACCACGGUGAAGGGAGCGGUGGACGAUUUGGAUUUGGUCAUCACCACACUGCACGAGGCAGGCCUGUCAGACGAUCAGUUCUACAUCCACUGCGACGGCGCCCUCUUUGGCCUCAUGCUGCCCUUUGUGAAGAAGGCCCCACGUGUGACUUUCAAGAAGCCUAUCGGCAGUGUGUCAGUGUCAGGCCACAAAUUCGUCGGUUGUCCCAUGCCCUGCGGGGUGCAGAUCAUGCGUCGCUGCUAUCUUUCCGCUCUCUCCUCUGACAUCGAAUACUUAGCCUCUCGCGACGCCACCAUCAUGGGCUCGCGCAACGGGCACGCACCCAUCUUCCUCUGGUAUACCCUCAACAAAAAGGGUUACCGCGGAUUCCGGAAAGACGUGCAGCGGUGCCUGCGGAACGCGCUGCACCUGCACGCGCGGCUGCGGGCGGCUGGGUUUGGAGCGAUGCUGAACACUCUCAGCAGCACGGUGGUUUUUGAGAGGCCUGAAGAGGAGGGGUUUGUGAGGCGGUGGCAGCUGGCUUGCCAGGGGAAGGUGGCGCAUGCUGUGGUGAUGCCGAAGAACUGCUCGUGCACGGCCCACAUUGCCAUCUGGCGCACUCGCGUGGAGCAGCAUGCAGAGAGAAGACGGUACAGCUGCUACAGUGACACGUCAGGGGACGACUCUUCGUUGCAUGGCAGCAGCUCAGUGCAAAGACUGCUGUAA